AUAGAUAACGUUGAGAAUCUCGAGCUUAUUUCGUCACUUCUUCCUAAGAUGGGCGAUAGGAUUUUGAAAAAUGGUCAAAUCAUAUUAACGACGCAAAACAGUACUUCAGUCCCACCUGACAGUUUGUUUUGUAAGCAUGUUUCAUUGAGCCUGGGCAUGAAUGACCAUGAUUGUCGCCAGCUUCUUGCUCUACUAUCGAAAACGGAUAGCGGAGAUCCGAUCUUAGAUGAAGUUUCAGAAAGGUUGGAUCGUCAACCUCUGGCAAUGGCCGCAGCUGCAGUGUACAUGAGACAAGUUCUCGAUCCAGACUGUAAUCCUAAUUUUUCAUGGCUAGACUAUUUAGAAAAGUUAAAAAAAGGUAAAAGAAGAAUAACAGAAGAACCUCUUCGCCGAAUAAAUUCUGCAUACUCGUCCACCAUGUCCGCAGCAGUGCUUUUAGCCGUGGAAAAGUGUCAGGAAUGUAGUAUGAUUUUAAAACACACAUUCAAUCUGUUUUCUUUGAUAUCUUUUGAGCCACUGCCACGCGAUCUUGUUCUAAAAUACAUUUUGCAACAAGAUAAAGAGUCCGAUGACGAAGAAAUUUUUCUUGCGAUAAAGCAUUGCUCCUUGUUUAUUCACGUUGGAAAUAAAGAGCGAGACAUCCGCCUUCAUCGUGUUGUUCACGAGGCAAUCAAAGUAGCUUGUCAUGGCAACAGACGAAAUAUUGUGAAAGAUGUUGUCCAAACAAUGCAUUAUUUUGUGGAUAGGGAAGAUAAAAUCAAAUUAAUACCACAUUUGAAAACAUUUAACACGGAAGUUAAUGAAUUAUUUGAAGAGGAUGCAUUACAUUCCAUCAGUUUAUGCUUUGAGCCAGCAGAAAUUACUCUGAUCUAUUUAUUUUUUGGGCAAACUUUACGUGUAUUUUCUGAGUUUAGGCUGGCUAUGGAAUUUCAAAAUUCCAACAUGCGACUAUGGAAGAAUUCUGAAAAAGACGUUCGUUUAGCGAUUAUUUACAACGAACUUGGUUUUUUACAUAAUGAUUUAGGAGAUUUCAACGAAGCGAAAAAUUAUCUACAGAAAGCAUUGGAAAUUGAAUUAGAGCAACCAGGACCGAACUAUAUCAACAUUGCUUCUUCGUACAAUAACUUAGGUACAGUAUUUAGUGAUAAAGGUGACCUUGACAGUGCUGAGAAUUACCAUCAACGUGCGCUGAAAAUUCAAUUGGACCAAUUAGGGCCAAACCAUCUUCAUGUCGCUUCCUCAUAUAACAACCUCGGUACAGUGUGUAGUGAUAAAAGUGACCUGGAAAAAGCUGAGAAAUAUCAUCAAAGGGCGCUAGAAAUUCAAUUACAGGAACUGGAGCCAACCCACAUUGAUGUUGCUUCCUCAUACAACAACCUAGGAACUGUGUUUAGCGAUAAAGGUGACCUGAAAAAAGCCGAGAACUAUCACACACGCGCCUUGGAAAUCCAAUUAAAGCAAUUCGGACCCAACCAUGUCGACGUUGCUUCCUCAUAUAAUAACCUAGCUACUGUGUUUAGUGAUAAAGGUGAACUUGAGAAGGCUGGUGAUUAUCAUGAACGCGCACUUAAAAUUCAGUUAGAACUAUUGGGACCAAACCAUAUCGAUGUAGCUUCUUCAUACAACAAUCUUGGUACUGUAUAUAGUGACAAAGGUGAUCUGAAAACUGCCAAGGAUUAUCAUGAGCGUGCUCUACAAAUUCAGUUAGAACAAUUGGGGCCAAAGCAUAUUGACAUUGCAUCUUCACUGAACAACUUAGGAACUGUAUGUAGUGAUAAUGGUGAACUGGAUGAAGCUCAAGAUUUUCAUCAACGUGCGUUAGAAAUUCAAUUAAAACAUUUCGGGCCUAACCAUGUUGAUAUCGCUUUUUCUUACAAUAACCUAGGCACUGUGUUUAGUGAUAAAGAUGACCUGGAGACAGCUAAGGAUUUUCAUCAACGUGCGCUGAAAAUUCAAUUAGAACAAUUAGGUGCAAAUCAUAUUGAUGUCGCCGAUUCCUACCAUAACCUGGGUAUGGUGUGUGCGGAUAAGGAUGAAUUAGACCUUGCCAUUGAUUGUCAUGAACGAGCACUGAAAAUCAGAAUAGAACAAUUAGGAACAAGUCAUGAUGAUGUAGCUUCUUCCUACGGGAACCUAAGUCGUGCGUGCAUGCGUAAAGGUGAAAUGGAGAAAGCUAAGGAAUAUCAACAAAAAGCACGCGAAAUUAAAUCAGAAUUACCAGGACCAAGCCAUAGCACCAGCGUUUCCUCUGUUGACGAACAAGGUUCCUCCUGUGAGAGUGAACAGAGUGAGGAUGGGAAUGAUGAAUAAUGAGGAAGAUUUUAAAUGGGAUUAUUGUCGGGUUCACCACUGAUUUUACGAAAUGAAAGUAAUUUUAAUGUACAGAACGCAACACUAAUUAAUUUACUAUUACAUACUAAUUCAUUAAUGUGCACAAGAUUUCGACUUUUUCCAAUUUUAGCUAGUAGAAGUAGUUUUUAUCCUUGUAAUGAUCGGCUGGAAAUAUAAA